UCCCAGCUGGGCGCCGACUCGCAGGCUCGCCCCCUAGUCUCUGCGUCGCGCUAGGUCCGCGCAGGCGCAAGCCGGCAAGAUGGCGGCGGCUGGAGCGGGCCGUCUGAGGCGAGCGGCUUCGGCCCUACUGCUCCGGAGCCCGCGCCUGCCUCCCCGGGAGCUGUCAGCUCCCGCCCGGCUCUAUCACAAGAAGGUUGUUGAUCAUUAUGAAAAUCCUAGGAACGUCGGGUCUCUUGACAAGACGUCUAAGAAUGUUGGAACUGGAUUGGUGGGGGCUCCCGCAUGUGGCGAUGUCAUGAAACUACAGAUUCAAGUGGACGAAAAGGGGAAGAUCGUGGACGCCAGAUUUAAAACCUUUGGCUGCGGUUCUGCGAUCGCCUCCAGCUCCUUGGCCACCGAAUGGGUGAAAGGGAAGACGGUGGAGGAAGCCUUGACCAUCAAAAACACAGACAUCGCCAAGGAGCUCUGCCUUCCUCCUGUCAAACUGCACUGCUCCAUGCUGGCCGAGGAUGCAAUCAAGGCCGCCCUGGCAGAUUACAAACUGAAACAAGAACCCAAGAAAGGAGAGGCAGAGAAGAAGUGAGCCCUUGGCAGAGCCCGCAGCAGGUCACACGAGUUGUCUGCCCACCGCUGUGCUGUCACCUUAGAUGCCGAGACCCCUCGCACUGCAUUAAGAAGCUCCAAGAUACGCACAACUUUCGCUGUCUGUUGUGACUCUCACGCAAGCAAAAUACACAGUUCAAUUGUUCUGAA